AUGGAACAAUCUUCCAGCACUAGCCAGCGUCAGCCUUCAUCUCUUUUCUUAAAGACUAAUGACAAACACUCAUCCGAAGUAGGACCAUCGAGGUCAGACAUUAGCACAACCGCGAACGAAAAGACUACUAGUCUUAGAAGCCCGCGCCCACGGAACUACUAUUCAGAUUUGAGUGAUAAUAAUUAUGAAGAUGAAGAUGAUUAUGACGAUGAUUACAAUGAUGAUCGAUCAAAUAUUCGUUCGAAAACACGAUUAUAUACAGCAAGAAAAAGGAAAGCUCCCAGCGGCAUCGAAGCCCCCUCGAAGCUUAUCAUUCGUGAAUCAUGUAUAGCAGGAGGUAUCUCGUCUUCAAAACUUCAAUCGGUUAGAACCAAAAUCGAACUUCUCGAGAUGCAGUACCCCGAUGACCUACCAUACAUCAUUACUUUUUCGCGCGACACUCAGACCCUAUAUCUAGAGUGUCAAGAAUGCAAGAAGUCACUCAGUCUCUUGAAAGGAGGAGGAAACAUUGGAAGACACGCAAGUGGCGUUUUGCAUUCAACAUGUGUCGAUGAACGGUUACGAAAAUUAGAGGCGAAAGACUUCAGGAGGCAAUUAACCAAUGAAGUUGUGGAACGAGAAAAAUCUAUGCAUUCUUCGCCUGCGUUUGUUACAACAAUGAUAUACCAAAGACUGUGCCGACAGAAACAGACUUCGAAGCAGCAAUCUUCGGAACUCGCGCCGUCAGAAAACUUUGAAUCUACUCCGUCUUCAGAAGAUGAACCAAUACGAUCAAAACGGCAGUUGAUAGUAGCCCCUUCCCCCACCCAGUCACCUGCAAACAUUCCGCACCCUGAUCUUGACAUGUCCGAUGAGAUGUUGACGCGGUAUCAAGGGUGUGAGAAGAGGUUUGAAGACGCGGUCAUUGACAUCAAUAUCCGUCAAUCAACUCAGCACAGGUUACUCAUAGACGAAGUACAAAAGAAGAUAUCGUAUGGUAUUGUGCUUAUUGAUAAUCGACUUACAGCCUUGGAAAAAUGUGUUCAAGAAUCGUACCAAAGUACACAGCAUAAGGAGCUCGCCGAACAGAGAAUAAGCAAGGCGUGGCAUUCCUCAGAAUCUGCACUUCGAGCAGUCAAGAACCUAGAGGAAGAUAUCAAGGCAAGUGAAGAGAAACUUUCUACCGGCCUGAAUCUAGUGAGGGAACUAGCAGAAGUGGUCGAUCGAAUCGAGAAAGGGAUACGAACCUCAUCCGAAAUCGAUCGAGUUGGUAGAUUAGAAGAUGAAAUGAAAGGAGUCAAAGAAGUGGUGAGGGACAUUCGUCAGCGAAAUAUUAUCGACGAGGCAAACAACUCGGACAAUGGGCCUCGAAAUUCCAACGUCUCCCAAUCUCAGCCAGACACUGAUCGAGUUGCUACAUUGCAAGAAGAGGUCGAUACCCUGAGGGCAGAAGUCUCCAAUCUGGCUGGUCUUGUCGAAAAUCAUGAGCUACCUACCAUUCACAGCAGCACUGCUAACGACGCCGCCCUCAUCGAGGAUCUGAAGAAGUCCAAGGGGACGAUUAUGAAGCGCCUGGCUACCUCUGAGGAAAGAUUGGCUAAUUUGGAGGAACAGAACGACAAACUCAGUUCUAAGAUCAAGGAACUAGAAAGAAGAUAAGAGGCGGCAUGAGAAAGUGUGAUUGAUGAGCUUGAGACAGAUGGUUGCACAGAUUUCUUUUAAUGGGCGUUUGGGAAAAAGAAGAUGGGGGGGAGUGAGUUUCAGCGCUAGGAAGAUUUCAACUCGUGUGUAGAAUAGAUUGCUCUUGGGGUGCGUCGCGACUAGCUUAUUGCACCAAUAUUGACGUGUCCGAAGCAAUUCGUGCGACGUUCUUCUCAUCCCGUUUGGA